GAAACUUCUUAAAAUGAAAAGCAGUAGCGCAAUAUUUUAUAUUUAGACGGCGGAAGCAGUGGAUUUUAUGAUGUUUUACCUCCUGGCUGAUAAUAAAAUGAGUUACAGGGCUUUCACAAAGUUAUUGGCACUUGGAACACAGAAAGAAUAAGAUGAGCGGAAUCGAGAGGUUCACUGGUGCUACGGGAUCACAGAGGGCGAGGAGCAGACAUGGACCAAUUACUGCACAGCGUGUGAAGAAAAGCGCCGUUUCUGGGAAGCCGGCGGUGUACAUGAGCAGAAACUGGUCCCCGACAGUCAUGCUGAGGCGACCCGUGUAGCAGAAGGUCCCGGAAAUAAGAGCUGCUAGCAGCCAGCACGGCUCGAUGGGCCUGCAAGAUUCCAGAUGCAUCGAUCGAGACGUCACAGUAGAGCCCCUGCAGCCGCUGCUCGUUCAGACAUUCUAGAACGUUGUUGCCGAAGUUUGGGAUCGCCAUCUGGAGGGACUGGGCCAUGGUGCGCCUACGGCACACCUCUGAAGCGGAAACUAUCUGGACACCUGUUUAUGUGCGUCCCACUUCACCUUGGACACAUUGAGGAAGCUUUGCUGAGUCACCGUCCCAUUCCUGUGCUUCACUGGUGGCUCCAGUUUGGACUUGUGAGAAAGGCCUUCAGUUGCAUGAAUUUUUAUCAACACUGGAGCUUCUGAGAAUCCUCUUAAAGUAAUCUGCGCUGCCAUCUGCUGCUCCACUCAUCCAUUCUGCACCACUUACCUUUCAGCAGAAGACCAGACCAUGCUGUUGUCUCCACUGGCAGAGCGGAACUGGGAGGACUUGUGUUCAAUUCUUGAAGAUGUUCUUGAGCCACAGUCACACAAGAAACUUUUUGGUCUGGAGCUGGGCUCCGGCACGGGGCAGCACGUCGUACGAUUCUCACAGAAGCUGCCCUACGUCACCUGGCAGCCUUCAGACAUCAAAGAGGAGUCACUGGAAAGCAUCAAGGCUUAUAUCAGUGCAACAAGUGCUAAGAACAUCCUUGAGCCCGUCCACCUGGAUGCCAGUGAGCCACGGGAGAAGUGGGCGGGUCUGGCCGUUUGCUCCUGUGAUGUCAUCGUUGCCAUCAACUUACUCCAAUACAGCUCAUUUCAAACAGCACAGGGAGUCUUCACCGGAGCAGGGCAGCUGCUCAGACAGGAUGGAUUUUUGAUAACAUAUGGGGUUUACGCUAUAAAUGGAACCAUAACUCCACCUUGUAAUGAAGCACUGGACGAGGAGCUGCGGCAAAUGAACCCAGAGUGGGGGCUGCCAGACAUCGACGUGCUCAGACAGUUGGCCUUCAAGAACGGGAUGCGUCUGGAAAGGAUUGUGGAGAUGGAAGAGUACUACAAAUGCCUCAUAUUCAGGAAAAUGUAACCAAAGCAAGGCAAGACUGGUGGUGACACUGAACUUUUAACUGCAGUUUCCAAGCUUGUGGUUAAGUGUGUCAGCUAAGGUAUGUUUUAAAUAAAUCUCCAAACAAAAGCCAAGCUGUGGUGGGCAAUAAGAACCAGAUAUUUAUUAAAUAUAAAUUUAAAAUUACUUUAAAGUCAGACAGAUCAGUAUGAUGAAAGAAAGCUUCACAGUUGAAGGAUGAAGAGUUACAGAAAUCAGAUACAUACAUGCUGCACCUCGUAGGAAAACACCGACAUCUCUGGAGUCAAUACAGUUGAAGGCAAACUGUUCCAGCCACGUGAAAAUAUUCUAUAACACACGCGAGAACAGGCACUUUUUAAGCUUCUUUUUGACUCUUCUCUUCUUAAAUGAUGGGCGGAUGAAUUCCAGAUUGAUCUGCCAUGUUAUCAAAUGUAAGGUUUGUUUAAAUGACUAGCUCUCUAACAGUAAGCGACACACUCCUUUCAGACCUCCAACAAAUAAAUGCUCAAACAAUGGCAAGUGAUGCUUGCUAGCAGUGUGGAACUGGAAUGUUUGACUGUGACUCCAAACAGAAGAGUGAGUUCGUGACGCUGACUUUAGGCUUUCAACUGUGCUUUUCUUCCCUCUCUUCAGCCAUCUUUCAGUCACGGUUACAACAGGCAGCAAAUGUUCAUACCAGGAAAUGAUUAAAAUUGACCAUGCUGUUCCUUUAAUUAAAAAAAUAUGUAACAUGAUGGUUUAUUUUUCACCUCAUCAAUUAUUGGUUUAAAGUAUAAUACAACUGACUAGAUCUGAUUUAAGUUAUUCAAGAAGGAAAUACUACAUACACACCGGCUGUCAAGAGGAGGGUUAUUGAGUGAGAGGGUCGUGGUUAUAUUGCUCCUCCUAGCAGCGUCGGCCCCUCGACCCCAGCCACACGUUAGGUGUCGGUGCAGCUGGCGUGAAGAGGGUUUCUGCAACAUCACCACAAUAUUCGCGCAUUGCCACAAGAUCACAGCGAGAUGGAAGGGGAGAGGUACGUCGUCCUCAGAGUCCAGAGAGAAGAGGGAGACCAGAGAGAGGGGACAGGCUGUAGUGUGUCAGACCCUGUGUGGCGGCAGCGCUCAGUCGAAGGAGAUGAGUUGGGCUUCGGCGCUGGCUGGCACGGCCUGAGGGGGCUGCUGUUGCUGCUGCGCCUGUUGCUGCUGUGGACCACCAGGAGGAGCCACCUAACAACACACACAAAAAAACAUAUUAGCAAACCUACAUGACAAAAAAAGCAGGAGGAAAUGAAAAGCCACUGACCUGUUGGUACAUGGGCUGCUGGCCGGGCAUGUACUGCUGCUGAGGAGGCAUGUUGGGGUCUUGGCCAGGCAAUGCUGAGAUCAUGUUCUGCAUGCUGUAGGGCUGGUAGCCCAUGUAUGCCAUGCCAUUGGUCGGAGCCGCCUGGGACAUCGGAGGCAAACUCUGAGCCUGGGACACCACAUUCUGCUGUCAUAUGGGGGAAGACGUGAGUUGUUGAGUUCAACAGAAGCAUAGAUGUAUAAAGUCUGAGGGUCUGAACUGAACCUGAUAUCCUUGUGUAGGCGUAGGCUGGUAGUUGGAGUAGGGUGGACUAGUGUUGGGAGGAGCCUGACCAGGAGCAGGAGGCUGCCCGUUGGUGCCUGCAGGCGGAUACAUGUAUGCAUUCACCAUGUUGGGAUCUGGAGGCAGACGGGAGAAACGGUUACUCAUAAAAGUCAAACUGCAGCUUUCCACUCUGCGCCUUAUGUGCACGUUAGUUCGCAAUGCUAAUGCUAAUCAAAACACAUAGAAAACAUGGCAUAUAUAGGACGGAGGCAAGAGACUUUCUGUUAAAGUGGCCACUUGUCGGUGUGUGUGAAUAGGUGGGAGCGCAACAAAUCUUUUACACUAUUUACAGCAGCACUGGGAGACUGUCAAACCAUGUCAUGUUUAGCUUGCUCCUACAGCCUGAAAAUCCACCUAAAAAUAUGGCGAGUCCAUGGUUUAGUACCCGAGGACCUCACCUGAGGGUGGGGCAGGCGGCAUGGCCUGGUACUGCGGGGGCGCAGUCUGACCAGGCUGGCUCAUGUAGAUGUUGUGCAUUGGGGAACCCUCGACAGAGCCUGCUGGGCUGAAGGUACCGGGGUAGCUGGGGGGGGCUCCUGGCUGAUAGACAACGCCUCCUGCUACAUUUGGGGGUAAGGACUGCAUCUGUGGGGUAGGAGGGCAGGUGAGGAAGGAGAACAUACUGCAGAGGUGUGACAGCUGGAGGCUACCUGAGCGUAGGGCAGAGAGAACGCCGGCAUCUGCGCCCUCAUCUGAAUGGUGUGCUUCUGUUGCUCGAGGCGCAUCUGCCGUUCCUUCUCCUGCUCCUGAAGACGCUGGAUAGCCAGCUGCCUCUGCAUCUCCAGGUACUCCUGCGGCGCACAAUGACUCGUUGGCAUGACAACACACAGAACACUUCCUCUGCAUUUCAAGUCAAGGUGUCAAUAUAUUGCCUGCUUUUUCUGCCUCAUGAUUUCCAAUUUCUGUGCCAGCUGGAUCUGCCGCUGCCUCUCAGCCUCCUCUGCGGCGCGACGUAGCUUCUCUCUGUGCUCGUCUCGCAGUGCGUUCAGUGCUGCCCGGGCGUCUCGGACCUGAGCCAGCUUGUCCUGCAGCCCCUCGUAAUACACUGCAACAACAAGAGCGUUGGGACACUGAACUAUAAACACGCAAACAUG